CAUGCCCACCCUCAUCAGCGCACGGGCGCGCGCGCGCAGAGUCCGACCCCCCCCAGCGGCCCUCCGCCGCCCGCAGAGCCAAUCACCCGCGGCCGCUGGAAGUAGGACAAGCCGCUUCCUGGUUGCAGGUUUAAGGAGGAGUCGCCGGAGUCCGUCAGGAGCGGGUCAGAACCGGCGGAAAGACACCGGAUAGAGAGACCAGCCGCUACCGGAGACCGGAUCCGUGCGCGCGGACGCGUCACAUUGAGGAAGUGCGCGAGCGCGCGGUCAGGUGGGACACGGCGGGGGAAACUCAGGUGACACCGGCUCAGGAUUGACCCAGAGCGAGCGAGCGAGAGAGAGACGGACAGACAGAGGUGCGUCUGAGAGUUUAUGGACUGGAGGUGGCGAUGUCUCCAGGAGAGGACGGUUUAAUCGGGAUCCCCUUCCCAGAGCACAGCAAUGAGCUGCUGUCCCGUCUCAAUGCCCAGCGGCGGACCGGACUGCUCUGUGACCUCACGCUGACCUCACACGGCACACGAUACCCCACACACCGCUCCGUCAUGGCCGCGGUCAGCCUGUACUUCCGCCGUCUGUUUGGGGCGGAGGAGGGCGAGGAUGGAGGCGAGGGCGUGGGUGACAGCUGCAGCGUCUGCCAGCUGGACUGUGUGUCUCCUGAUGCUCUGGCAGCGCUGCUGGAGUUCGCCUACACUGCCACGCUGACCAUCCGCAGCUCGGGCAUGAGAGAGGUCCUGAAGGGAGCGCAGCUGCUGGGGAUCCAGUGUGUGGCAGACGCCUGCAGAGACAUCCUGGGCGAGACGGGCGACGAUCAAACGGACCCCGUGAAGGAGGCCGAGCCGCUGCCAUCCCGCCGCAAGCAGGACCGAUGCUGUGUGACCCGAGCUGUGUCUCCGGUGAGGCUGGUGUGGAGGAGUCCUGAAGACACACCCGAGUGCGGGCUGCUUCCGGCGCAAGGGCGAGAAGGACACCCGCCGCCUGCUUCACACCUGGGCCGCUUCGUGAACGGAGGCUCACACUGGUCACAAGAGUUCACCCCGAUCCCACACAGACCCGAAGACACGCCCUCAGAGGAGGAGGAGUCCGGAGCGCAGGGGCUGGCCACACCCCACCUCAGCCAAUCACAGGGGGAUGGAGGAGGGGGCGGAGCAGCGGCUGGAAGCGGCAGGAAGAGGAAGUCUCAGACGCCACAGCAGUGUCCCGUCUGUCAGAAGAUCAUCCACGGGGCGGGAAAGCUUCCGCGGCACAUGAGAACACACACCGGAGAGAAACCGUUCCAGUGUUCGGCCUGCGGCGUCCGCUUCACACGGAACGACAAGCUGAAGAUCCACAUGCGGAAGCACACGGGUGAGCGUCCGUACCCGUGUCCCAGCUGCCCCGCACGCUUCCUGCACUCCUACGACCUGAAGAACCAUCUCUCGCUGCACAGCGGGGACCGGCCCUUCGAGUGUCCGCUCUGUCACAAGGCCUUCGCCCGCGAGGACCAUCUGCAGCGUCACAGGAAGGGCCACAGCUGCCUGGAGCUCCGCACGCACCGCCGGCGUCGUGGGACGGGGCCUGAUCCCAGCGGAUCCCCACCCUCUGAAUCCUUCGGCCUCCGUCCGGAUCACAUGAGUGUCGCAGCGGCCGCACAGCUCCUCGAGGGCCACGGCGUCCCCAUGCAAGGUGUCCCGCUGCUGACGGGGGCCCGCAUGCCCUUCCCCGAGCUGCUGUGGCGGGCGGUCGCAGGGCCGGUGGGACAAGCCCUGGAUAAAGCCGAAGGAGGCUCAUCUCCACACGGGAGCGCAUCGGUCACACACAGAACGUGGGAGGAGGAAGACGAGGAGCAGGAAGCUGCUGGGGAGGAGGAAGAGUGACCACGCCCAUCUCUCUCUCUGUGUGUGUGUGUGUGUGUGUGUGUGUGUGUGUCAGUUCUGUAGUCGCACUGUCUUCAGUUUCUGGUGGAGCUCCAGUCGAUCGUUUUGUUUGUUAGAUCUGCUUUGUUUCUGUGGUGCAUGGUUUCUGUAUGAACCCAAAUCAACUGUUUUCGGAGAUCCGUCUUGUUUUGUUAAUGUGCCGCGCCGACGAUGUUCACGCUAUGCAAAAUUGCUUGAACAAACCUGAUUUAAAAACGGACAACUGAAUGAAUUAAGAAUGCAAAUGAAGCAGCUGGAGGCAGGGAGGGGCGUGGCCUUGCUCUCGGCGGUAGAGAUCGCCACCUACAGGCCAGCAUUGCAGCGGCGCUCGGCAUCAUGAAGGUGAAUCUACUGUAGCUGCUCUUCAAUUUAGCCUUUUUUCCAGUUUGGAAUUUUUUUCGAAUGAUAGAAUUUACUUUCAUACCAAAGAUUAUUGGUUAGUUAAUUGAGAUGAAUUAUAUGUAUUCUUCAGAUAUCUGUAGCCUUUUUUUUUCUCUCUCUCUCUGUCGUCUGAGAGGAAGUGGACCAGGUCUCAGUUCUCACAUAUUUAAAAGGGCUUUCGGGGCGGUGUUUAAACGCUCUGAUGGAGGAAGAGCGUGAAUCUCAAUCUUUCGUUUACGUUUCUUCUGUCUUUGAGUUUUGAGGAGUUUAUAGAAGGGGUCUAGGUGUCUUGCGUGCUCAUUCUCGUUAACGAGGAAACGGCAGGAUGGAGAGUUCUUUUGUAUACUAUUCUAUUUAUUUAUUUGUUGGUUUGAUAUUUAUUGUGAAUUUACUGGUUGAGGCGCUUGGGUAAUUCUGCAUCUUCUCUUUCUUCCGGAGCUUCCUCCUCGGAGCGACUCCUUGAGCCUGGUCUCGGAUCGGGUUUGCCUUUCUCAUUGUAACGUCCUCAGGUAGCUGAUCUCUGGUCAGUUUAUCCCAGGUAACAUCACAGCAGGUGUGCAGACGCUCAGGUGCUGUAGAGAACUGAGAUUCAGGCGUCCUCAGUUUGCAAGUUUUGCACAUGAAUUUCUGAAUAAAAGUACAAUCCCUCCGAUGACCAGCACGGAACAGAAUGAAACGAAGAGGAGGACUCUUGCCUUUUUUUGAAGCAAAUACAUAUGAGAUAUUUUCAAGAAAAGAAAAUGCAUUAUAUAAAAAAAAAAUAAAAAAAAAAGUCAUUGAUGACAUUUAUAACUAUAGCUUUAGCCGCUUUCGUUCGCUGCAGGAGCUUUGGGCUCUUUGACCUUCUCUAGAAUAUUACAGCUCUCUAUAAUCUAUAUAUCGAUCGAUUAUGGGAUGCAUUCUGGGGUUUUUGUCUGGAGAUUGUUACUGUUCCGCUGACAGUAGGGAAACUACCCAAAGAGGUUUAUUUGCACUAAAACGGAAUCUUUGUGUUUUGAUAUAUUAGUCUCCACUUAUGAUUGAUUCAAAAAGUCUUUGCAUCUUGAUUAUUAAGUUCUUUGCAGAAGUUUUGAAUUAUUAUAAUUUUUUAUGUAAAAGGUCAAGCUGCCUUAGUUUGUUUUACUUUUUGCAACUAUUCUCAGGAAAUCUUGAGCCAUGCACUAAGUGGUUAUGCAAAUGUUUGGUGAAUAUUAAUUUAUUGUAUAUAUUUGUGCUUGGAAAUAUGAACGCCCUGUUAUUAGGUAAAGUUUCUUUACAUCUGUCUCUUAAAAUAAGUUGUUUAUUGAUUGAAUCUGAGUUGUUUUAUAUCAGAAGCAAAGUGAUGACUGGUUUUGAUUGUGUUUGGGGUGAAGGGAUGAGGCUCCUGGUGAAAGCCUUUAAUCAGGGAUUUGUGUUCUGCUCAUAGAGUGAAAUCUUUCUCAGUGAUGGUAAAUCAUUUCUCAUAUUGUACAAAUAAAGAGCAAAUAAACAAAGAUUUAUGUAUGAA